AUGUUCUUGGUAGCCUUUGCCUCAGCUCUAGUUGCUCUCAGCGCCGCUCAAACUUGCUCCUCAUCGGAUAAUCUUCGUGAGUUCUUUCCUUUUCCGCGUCGCUUUCCGCGUCGCCUUCCGCAUCUCCGGAAUCGAAAAAUGUUUUUUUGCAGCCUGCAUUUCCGCGGCGGUCAGCUCCGAUUUGACCAUCUACUAUUGUCCUUCUGGUAUGGCGUGUCUUCAGAAUACAACUUGUUGCGAAUAUGCGAAUAUUGUUACUGGAACUGUAACCACUACAACUACCACUACAACUGCAGCAACUUCUAGUGAGUUUCCGCGAGCUUCCGCGAGCUUCCGCGUAGAAUAUUGCUCAUGUUAACCCAAAAAAAUCACUAUUGCUCAUGUUAAGCUUGAUAGUUUGAAGAAUUGCCAAUAUUAAGCUUCCAAAAUUGUUUUGAAAAAAUAUCGAUUUUUAUAUGCAAUUUUUGAAACAGUGGAUUUUUUUAAAAAUUAAUUUUGAAAAAAAAAAUUCUCGAACUAUUUUCGCAGAUUCACAAAGGCAAUACUGUUCAAAACCACUUUUUCAAAAAUAAAUACAAUUUUUGAAACAGUGGAUUUUUUUAUCUACAAAAAUUUUUGGUUAUUUUGGCAACACCGAGCCCAUUAAAUCCAAAUUGUCCUAAGAAAAUUCAUGAAAUUUUUGAAACAGUGGAUUUUUUUAUCUACAAAAUUUUCUAACAUAAUUCGCCAAACACACUAAAAAACCAAAUUUUCCAAUGAAAAUUCAUGAAAUUUUUGAAACAGUGAAUUUUUUAAAUGAUUUUUUUUUGAAAAAAAUUCAGAACUAUUUUAUCGUGCUCAACAAACGAUAUAAUAGCAGAGUUCAAUUUCUCAAAAAUUCAUGAAAUUUUUGAAACAGUGGAAUUUUAAAUGAAUUUUUUUUUUGAGAAAAAAUUCAGAACUAUUUUGUCAGAUGCAAAUGGGCAAGAAUGUUUCGAACCACUGUUUCAAGAUUUAAUACAAUUUUUGAAAUAGUGGAUUUUUUCUCUACAAAGUAUUCUAACAUAAUUCGCCAAACACACACUAAAUCCAAUUUAUCCAACGAAAAUUCAUGAAAUUUUUGAAACAGUGGAUUUUUUAAUGAAUUUUUUCAAAAUUAAUUUUUUUUUCACAAAAGAAGAUAGAGCGAAGAUCAUAGUUCCAGCUCUCAAAAGUUUAGGAAAUUUUUGAAACAGUGAAUUUUUUAAUGAAUUUUUUUUUUGAAAAAAAUUCAGAUGCAAAUGGGCAAGAAUGUUUUGAAACAACAACAUCAAAUCCAUAUUAUUCUUAAAAAAUUCAUGAAAUUUUUUGAAACAGUGGAUUUUUUUUAGUUUUGAAAAAAAAAUCAGAACUAUUUUACCUUGCUCAAAAGAUAACAGAGUUCCAAAUCUCAAAAAUUCAUGAAAUUUCUGAAACAGUGGAUUUUUUGUCUACAAAAAUUUUUGAGUAAUUUGCCAGAAAACAUUAAAUUCAAAUUAUCCAAUGAAAAUUCAUGAAAUUUUUGAAACAGUGGAUUUUUUCUCUACAAAAUUUUCGAACCUAAUUUUUAAGGUACAAACCAAAAAGUCAAUAUCAAAACAAAAUUUCCAAUGAAAAUUCAUGAAAUUUUUGAAACAGUACAUUUUUUAAUGAAUUUUUUUUUGAGAAAAAAUUCAGAACUAUUUUAUCAUGCUCAAAAGAAUAGACAAUAGUAGAGUUCAAGAUCUCAAAAAUUUAUAAAUUUUUUGAAACAGUGGAUUUUUUCGCUACAAAAUUUUUCUAGUAUAAUUUUUAAAGAACAAACCCAAAACUGAACUGAACAUCAAAACAAAAUUGUCCCAAGAAAAUUCAUGAAAUUUUUGAAACAAUGAACUUUUAGUUUUGAAAAAUUUUUCGAACUAUUUUAUCAGAUUCAAAGCUGAAGAGAGAGAGAAUAGCAGAGUUUCAGCUCUCAAAAAUGUAUGUAAUUUUUAGGGAACGAACCGCGAAUUAUGACAUCAAAUCCAAAUCUUCCAAUGAAAAUUCAUGAAAUUUUUGAAACAGUACAUUUUUUAGUUUUGAACAUUUUUUCGAACUAUUUUCUCAGGUUCAAAAGCGAAGAGAGAGAGACAGCUAAUAGCAGAGUUCCAGAUCUCAAAAAUGUAUGAAAUUUUUGAAACAGUGAAUUUUUUGUCUACAAUUUUUUUUCUAAUUCGUCAAACACCAGAUUAAAUCCAAUUUAUCCCAUAAAAAUUCAUGAAAUUUUUGAAACAGUGAAUUUUUUAAUGAAUUUUUUUUUUUGAAAAAUAUUCUGAACUAUUUCAUCAUUUUUUUCUAACGUAAUUUUUAAGGAACAAACCCUAACUGAACAUCAAAACAAAUUUUUCCAAUGAAAAUUCAUGAAAUUUUUGAAACAGUGAAUUUUUUAGUUUUCAAAAAAAAUUUGAUAUAUUUUCUCGAGAAUAGAUCUCAACAAUUUUUGAAACAGUGGAUUUUUUCUCUACAAAAUUUUCGAACGUAAUCUUCAAGGAACAAACCAAAAUUUCCAAUGAAAAUUCAUGAAAUUUUUUGAAACAGUACAUUUUUUAAUGAUGUUUUUUUCAAAAAUUCUUUUUUUCUGGAUAAAAUUUUUUGGAUGCUUUAACAGCCUUCUCAUUAAAUCCAAAUUAUCCUAUAAAAAUUCAUGACAUUUUUGAAACAGUGGAUUUUUUGGGAAAUAUUUUUUUGCUAAUACUUUUAGACAUUUCAAAUAUUGUGAAAAAUAUGGAUUAAAAAAACAGAGAAUCCCAAAAUUUUCAAAAUUGCUCAUAUUAAACUUCAGAGUUUUGAGCAUUGCUCAGAUUAACGUUCAAAAAAUGUUGAAAAAUAUUGAUUUUUGAAUGCAAUAAUUACAGUGGAUUUUUUGUCGACAAAACUUUCUGGAUAAUUUAUCUUUCGAAGUCUCAUCAAAUCCAAAUUAUCUAAUGAAAAUUCAUCAAAUUUUUGAAACAGUAAAUUUUUUAAUGAAUUUUUUUUUUGAAAAAAAAUUCAGAACUAUUUUGUCAGAUUCAUAAGUUAAGAGAGAGAGAAUAGUUCCAGAUCUCAAAAUUUCAUGAAAUUUUUGAAACAGUGGAUUUUUUGUCUACAAAUUUUUUUGGAUUAUUGGGACCACGGAGCCUAUUAAAUUUUUUUUAUCCAUAUUUUUCACAAUUUUUCACAAUAUUUGCAAUGUCUAAAAGUAUUAGCAAAAAAAUAUUCCCCAAAAAAUCGACUGUUUCAAAAAUUGCAUAAAUUUUUGAGAUCUGGAACUCUGUUAUUGCUUUAUCUGUUGAGCACGAUAAAAUAGUUCUGAAUUUUUUUCUGAAAAACAAUUCAUAAAAAAAAUUUACUGUUUCAAAAAUUUCAUGAAUUUUCAUUGGAAAACUUUGUUUUGAUGUUCAUUUUCGGUUUGUUCCUUAAAAAUUAUACUAGAAAAAUUUGUAGCGAAAAUAUUCCAAUUUAUCCCAUAAAAAUUCAUGAAAUAUUUGAAACAGUGGAUUUUUUUUAGUUUUGAGAAAAAAAUCAGUACUAUUUUAUAAUGCUCAAAAGACGACACAAUCGCAGAGUUCCAAACCUCAAAAUUUCAUAAAAUUUUUUGAAACAGUCGAUUUUUUCUCUACAAAAUUUUCCGAAUUUUGAAAAAACCUGUUUGAAUCCAAAUUUUCCAAUGAAAAUUCAUGAAAUUUUUGAAACAGUAAAUUUUUUUACAAUUAAUUUUGAAAAAAAAUUCACGAACCAAUCACAAAAUUAACAUUGUUCAAAACCACUUUUUCAAAAAUAAAUACGAUUUUUGAAACAGUGAAUUUUUUCGCUACAAAUUUUUCUAGUAUAAUUUUUAAGGAACAAACCCUAACUGAACAUCAAAACAAAAUUUUCCAAUGAAAGUUCAUGCAAUUUUUGAAAUAGUAAAUUUUUUAAUGAUUUUUUUUUGAAAAAAAAUUCUCGAACUAUUUUAUCUUGCUCGAUACUGAAAAUAUGGAGAAUAGCAGAGUUCAGGAUCUCAAAAAUUUAUAAAAUUUUUGAAACAGUGGAUUUUUUGUCUACAAAAUUUUCUAACAUAAUUCGCCAAACACACACUCAAUCAAAAUUUUCCAAUGAAAAUUUCUGAAAUUUUUGAAACAGUAAGUUUUUUAAUGAAUUUUUUUUUGAAAAAAAAUUCUCGAACUAUUUUAUCUUGCUCGAAAGAAGACCCAAUAGCAGAGUUCCAUAUCUCAAAAAUUUAUGCAAUUUUUUGAAACAGUGAAUUUUUUAAUGAAUUUUUUAAUGAAUAAAAAAAAAAUUCAAAACUAUUCUACCAGAUUCAAAAUCGAAGAGAGGGAGAGAAUUGCAGAGUUCCAUAUCUCAAAAAUUUAUGCAAUUUUUUUGAAACAGUAGAUUUUUUCUCCACAAAAUUUUAAGAACUUCGAAAAAACCUGUUUGAAUCCAAAUUGUCCAAUGAAAAUUCAUGAAAUUUUUGAAACAGUGGAUUUUUCUCUCUACAAAAUUUUCUAACCUAAUUAUUAAAAAUUCACAUUAAAUCCAAAUUAUCCUAUAAAAAUUCAUGAAAAUUUUGAAACAGUACAUUUUUUAUUGAAUUUUUUUUUGAAAAAAAAUUUCACGAACUAUUUGAGAAAGCGAAUAGCAGAGUUCCAGAUCUCAAAAAUUUAUGAAAUUUUUGAAACAGUGAUUUUUUGUCUACAAUUUUUUUUUCUAAUUCGUCAAACACCAGAUUAAAUCCAAUUUAUCCCAUAAAAAUUCAUGAAAAUUUUGAAACAGUGAAUUUUUUAGUUUUGAAAAAAAAUUAUCGAACUAUUUUACCACAUUCAAAAGUGAAGAGAGUGCGAAUAGCAGAGUUCCAAACCUCAAAAAUUCAUGAAAUUUUUGAAAAAGUCGAUUUUUUUUGCUAAAAAAUUUUCCGAACUUUGAAAACACCUGAUUGAAUCCAAAUUGUCCAAUAAAAAUUCAUUGAAUUUUUGAAACAGUGAAUUUUUUAAUGAUUUUUUUUGGUUUUGAAAAGAAAAUUCUCGAACUAUUUUAUCUUGCGCAAAAGAUGAAUUAAUAACAGAGUCCCAAAUCUCAAAGAUUUAUGAAAUUUUUGAAACAGUGAAUUAUUCGGAAAAUUUUUUUUGGUAAUACUUUUAGGGAUUGCUAAUCCCAAAACUUUAUACAUUGCUCAUAUUAACUUUGCAGCCUGCGUCGAUAAAAUCAACCCCCAAACCGGUGUCUCCGAUUGCCCAAAAAACGCCAAUCUGUGCAACUAUGCUCCCUAUUAUCAACUAAUGACCGAACAAUGCCCGAAAACAUGCAAUCGCUGUUCCGGAUCUUCCGGAUCUUCCGCAACCACUACCGCAUCUUCCGCUUCAACUUGCGUCGAUAAAUUGAACCCAUCAACUGGUGUCAGCGAUUGUCCAAAAAACGCGAAUUUGUGCCAAAAUUCGGCAUAUCUUAGUUUGAUGAAGGAUCAAUGUCCAAAAACUUGUGGAUAUUGUUAA